CAUCUCCUUCCUCCUCCUUUAGUUCCUCCUUUUCACUUUCGUCCCAUUUUCGAAGCCUGCGUAAGGUUCUGCGACCUGAAAUCCGAACCCGAAUUCGGUUUCAAUCUCAGAGAGAGAAACACCGUUCUACUGCACAGAAUCCACGGCUCUUCGUAAAUCGAAAAUCGAUGUGUGGUUGGUUUACUUUUGCGUAAUUUUUGAAUAAAAGUUGUAUGCAUGAAAUCUCAAAUCCGAAGGGCAUGGCAUAGUGCAGGUGAAAAUUUCGAAAGAAAGAAGAGAAAUAAAAAAGAGCUGCUGAAACCUAAUCUUAUCUACACUCACUCCACCAUGGACGGUGAUAGCGAUUUCACGUUUUGUCAGGUUAGUAAACCUAUUGAUCUUGAAACAAACAAGCUUGCUUCAGAUAUUGCCGACAUUUCCAUCAAAGAAGGAUCUUCAUAUGCAAGUGGUUCUAGUCGGGACACUGUUUUUGUGUGGAAGGAUGAUUUAUCCAAUGAUUCAAACCCUAAAAAGGAGGCCACAGUUGGUUCUUUGUCUUUCACUGUAACUAACACAGGUUCGUGUCAGCCAAGUGAAUCCACUGAGAAAUUAGUAGUAUCACCAAGUGGGGUCAACAAUUUGCCGGUGAAGUCGCCAGGGCAGAGGAAUUCUGCCAAGAAGCCGACGGUCCGGGCCAAAGUUCCCUUUGAGAAAGGAUAUAGUCAAAUGGACUGGCUCAAGCUUACCCGGACACAUCCGGAUCUCGCAGGUUUGAAAGGGCAGUCAAACAAACGACUUAUUUCUGUUGAUGAAGUUAGAAAGCACCAGACAGAGGGCCAAAUGUGGACUGUAUUAAAAGGCCGUGUUUACAAUAUAUCUCCAUAUAUGAAGUUUCACCCUGGAGGUAUAACUAUCAACUCAGUCUGCAGGUGUUGAUAUGUUGAUGAAGGCAGUGGGAAAAGAUUGCACAUCUCUAUUCAAUAAAUACCAUGCUUGGGUUAACGCUGAAUUCUUGUUGGAGAAAUGCUUUGUGGGUACCUUAGAUGAAGGGCAGUGAAGAUUUCAUUCUAAGAAUGAAUAAACACAUGAAGAUAGGCUUGGCUCCCAUCCGUUAUACAUCUUCAUGGGCCCUCUCUAUAUAUACUGACCAGGGGCGAUGAAGUAAGGAGGAAUAAAUUCUAUAGGUAUACAUGUUCUGUUUAAACUUUCAAGAUCUUACUGGGAGUUUGUUCUACAAUUAAAAAUGUAACAUUUCAUGCCAGAUUGUUGAUUCUGUUCAUUUAUAUGUUAUAAAAUCUCAAGGGUAAGGUGGUAUUCUCCAUGUGAUGCA